AUGGCUUUAAAUUAUGAUUAUGAUGAAACAAAUGAAACAUGGCCAUUCUUUCUAUUAACUGUCCUGUUAAUGAUUGUUGUGCCGUUAACUAUUUCACAAUUCUAUAAAAUAUUUUUACAAAAGGAUACUGAUGAAUCACAAAAGGAAGAAGAAAAGAAAAAUGUAUUAUCUGCAUUAAAUGAUAAAUAUACAUCUGAUGAUAUUAAAGAAUUUCGUGAUCAUUUUGAAACAAAGAAGAAUUCCAAUAUCUUCUCUUGGAAAAAUUUAAUAAUAAUUAUUGGUUGGAUUUCAAUUGCUAUCUUAGUACAAAGAAUUAGCUCAAAUGAUGCUAUCAUCGAUGCUGCUAAAGGUAUCUUUGAUCCAUAUGAAAUUCUUGGUAUCUCUGGGAGUUCAUCUGAAAGAGAAAUUAAAUCUGCUUAUAGAAAAUUAUCCGUUAAAUUCCAUCCUGAUAAAGUUCCAAAGGAUUUAUCUGAAGCUGAAAAGAAUAUGAUGGAGGAAACUUUUGUUCAAAUUACAAAAGCUUAUGAAGCUUUGACUGAUGAAGCCGUUAGAGAGAAUUUUUUGAAAUACGGUCAUCCAGAUGGUCCACAAUCUACUUCUCAUGGUAUCGCUUUACCAAGUUUCUUAAUUGAUAGUACUUCUUCAUUAGUUUUAGUUAUUUUCUACAUCUCUGCUUUUGUUCUACUGUUACCUUAUUUUGUUUCUAAAUGGUGGAAUAAGACUAAGCUAUACACAAGAAAUAACUUACACAUCAAGACUGCCGGUUCUUUUGUUUCUAGAUUAGUUAAUUAUAAACCAUCUCAAAUUGCCACUGUUGAUUUAAUUAUCAAUUGGUUAUCAUAUGCGGAAGAAUUUAAAUUGUUCUACCCAGAACUAACACCACAGGAUUUUGAAACUUUAUUACAAGAUCAUAUCCAUAACAGAGAUAGUAAGAUAAAUGGUAAAGACGCAAACAUGAUGAAAUAUAGAAUCGUCGCCAAAUGUCAUACUUUAUUACACGGUUUCCUUGAAGUUUGUUGUGGUUUUAGAAAUCUUGAAAUGGCAAUUGUCUGUACAGAUACUUUUAAAUGUAUUGUUCAAGGUAUUCCAAUGUCCAAAGAUUCUCAAAUUUUACAAUUACCAAAUGUUGACGAAGAAACUUUGAAGAAUGGUUCUAUUGAUGAAAUUCAUACCUUAGGUAAACUAUUUACAUUUGAAGAUGAAAAGAUUGGUAAGAUUCUUGGUAUUAAAGAUGAAGCUAAAUUGAAGGAAACCUUGACUGUUGCUUCCAAUAUACCUCAAUUCAAGUUACUAAAAGCAGAAUUUGUAGUUCCUGGUGAAGAAUACGUUACCCCAUCCUCGACUCCAUAUAUCUCUAUUAAAGUUUUGAUGCGUUCUGCUAAACAAAGAGCUAUCCCAACUGAUAAAAUUCCAGCUGAGAUGUUGAAAGAAUCUGAUGAUUUCGAAGAUUUAAAAAACCCGUUUGCCUCCAUGGAAAAAGAACCUAUAAUGCCAACCUCUUUUGCACCAAAAUUCCCAACUAAGAGAAGAAAUACCUGGUGUUGUCUAAUUGCUUUGCAAAAAGAUAUUAAGAUCUUACAAACACCUUACAAAUUGGAAAGAUUAUCAUUAUCGAAUUUAUCAAAAGAUCUAGAUAAGAGAGUUGUUAAGGAACUUGGCCCAGAUUUCAAUCCAGAAGAUUGGGAAAUUGGCUUUAUCAAAUUACCUUUAGGCCAACAAGCUCCUGCUGAACUAGGUAGUAUCUAUAUGAGAGUGGUUAUCAAGUCUACUGACUACUUCGGUGCUGAUAUGGAUUUAACUAUGAUGAUGGAAGUACGUGAACCACCAAAGAUUGAUGAACUUAAGGAUGACAUAUAUAAUGAUGAAGACUCCGACGAAAAUUCUAGCGAUGACGAGGACCUCGAAGAUGACAGUGAAGAUGACAGCGAUUACACGGAUAUCGAUACUGAUACCGAAGUUGAAGAUUUAGAAGAAGAAGAGGAAGAAGAAACUAAAUAG